AUGCCCGAGAUAUACGGCCUCCUGCUCAAGGAGCGACCCGGCAGGCAGAUGCGGCCCAAUCAAACGCUCACCCCGCCGCUGCGAGUGCAGUUGAAGCUGGAUAAAACCAACGAAAUCUGGAGGCACUACUACAAGGACCGGGUGCGAGCGCGGGUCAAGCUGCAGACCUACGGCAAGGCGCCGCACUUUCCCAAGGACAAGACGGAGCAUCUGGCGGGGAACCGGAAGGUGAUGGGGCAGAACUUCCAGCACCACGGCGAGACGCACCAGAGCGUCGAGUUCGUCUUCGACGACCUCGCCAUCAAAGAGCCGGGCUACUACGAGCUGGUCGUCCAGCUGGAGCGCGAGCACAGCGACAAGACAUGGAGCCCUGUCCCGCACAAGACGUUCUCGGGGGGGAUUUACGUCAAGAAACCCAAAGACGGCAACAAGCAUUUACGCCAGCUUCUUUUCUUCGGGCUACCGAUUUCUCGCUUGAUGGACGCCGGGUCCGCCGCUGGACAUCGCCGCGGCAAUUUUACUCCGGCAACAGAGGGACCUGGUGCUCCUAAGGGGACGCGAUGA